CAGCACUCAUCUCAAUCAGACACAACAGCCCGGGUUCAAUUAACAACCAGUACAACUACACCUCAACCACCAAAAUGAAGCUCUCCACCAUCAUCGGCUCUACCCUCUUUGCCAGCGCUGCCCUCGCAGCUCCGCGCACUGCCCACCGUCAAGCUCGCAAGCAAAAGAGCCACCCUCCCUACAAGCCCGACACCAAAGAAGCCCUGCACCUCAACGGCACCACGCAGGCCGAAUACAGCUCCAACUGGGCCGGUGCCGUCCUCAUCGGCCAGGGCUACAACAAAGUCACCGGUGAAUUCACCGUGCCCACUCCUUCCGGCGGCGGCAGCUCCUUCGAACAAUCCUGCGCCUCCGCCUGGGUCGGUAUCGACGGUGAUACUUGCUCGUCUGCGAUUCUGCAAACCGGCAUCGACUUUUGCGUGCAGGGCGGUUCUGUCUCCUUUGACGCUUGGUACGAAUGGUACCCCGACUACGCGUACAAUUUUGACAACUUCGACAUUUCCUCCGGCGACAAGAUCAAGGUGACUGUCGAUGCUAGCUCCAAGACGACGGGCACUGCUACCGUUGAGAACUUGACCACCGGCAAGUCGGUUACUCACACCUUCAACGGUGGUGUUGAUGGUGACCUGUGCGAAUACAACGCUGAAUGGAUUGUUGAGGACUUUGAGUCUGGUUCCAGCCUUGUUCCGUUUGCCGACUUUGGUACUGUUGUCUUUAGCUCUGCUGAGGCGACGACUGGUGGUGAGACUGUCGGUCCUGACGGUGCUACUAUUAUGGAUAUCAAGCAGAAUGGUCAGGUUUUGACCUCUUCUUCUGUUUCUGGUGGUGAGGUUACUGUCAAGUAUGUUUAAAUCUGGACUUGAUUUGAGGUGGUGAUGAAAGUGGAUGGGAUGGAUGGACAGGGUGAGAAGAUGGUGAAAAUGCAGUGUUAUUUGCUUGUUAGUUAGAGUAGUUGUGAAUUGAAUGGUUUGUUG